UAGCCUUCUGCGAUUGGCUCCCUCCUUCGACACCAACGAUUGGUCGGGGAGGGCUAAGUUACCGGAAGUAGUCGUUUCCUGGGCAACGGGAGGAGGAAGAAUGAGGUAGCGGCGCUUGCAACGAACUCUAUGGGGGAAGGCAGAGGCCUUUGCCCUGCCCGUUGGCCUGCGCGGUGACGUCCCGGUACUGGCUGGAGAGCCGGUGACAACGCAGCAAUGGAAACCUUAGAAGAAGAAAGCUUUGGUGUGUCUAUCUCUUCACCAUCUGAUGCUGAGUUUGAUGCUGUUGUCGGCUAUUUGGAAGACAUUAUAAUGGAUGAUGACUUCCAGCUAAUACAAAGGACCUUCAUGGAUAAAUACUACCAAGAGUUUGACAAUACAGAGGAAAAUAAGCUCAUUUACACUCCUAUUUUUAAUGAAUAUAUCUGCUUAGUCGAGAAAUAUAUUGAAGAAAAGCUCUUGGACAGGAUUCCUGGUUUCAGCAUGUCCGCAUUCACCUUGUCAUUACAGCACCACAAGGAUGAAAUCGCAGGAGAUAUUUUUGACAUGCUUCUCACAUUUACUGACUUCCUGGCAUUUAAGGAAAUGUUCCUGGAUUACAGAGCUGAAAAAGAAGGCCGAGGCCUGGACUUGAGCAGUGGAUUAGUGGUGACGCCCUUAACCAAGUCAUCCAUGUUGCCUUCCCCGAACAGUCUGCAACACUAGCUCUGACCUCCACAAGAGAGUUGUGUUUCCUUGGGACAUCCUGAAUGCUAAGGCAGAAGACGACAGUAGUGGGAUGCCUAAGACUACAACCAAACUACAUUUUGGCAGGCCCAGUCCUUCAUCUUAGCUGCUCAUAUGGAUUGGGUGUCUCCGCAUGAUCAGUGACUAGCAGAACUCCAGGCCUGUUAGAAUAAUGGUGUCUUAGUACUCAAACUUACAGCUGUAUCUGCCAAAUUGGACUUUAUGCCAUGGAGGUCAGUCAGUGCAAUCAUCUGUUUGAGGGCUGCUGAUUUCUUUAAAAGAAAACAAGCACUUCUACUUCAUAGGACAAUAGUAAUGGAAAAUGAGUGUUGAAUGUGGGCAGUUCUAACUGAACAGCCUUUUUUGAAGCUCACAAUCACAACACAUUGGGUGAGACAUCUUUAGCAUAGUUCUGAAUGCCACAUCUUGACUUUUAACAGUAGCAUACGUGAGUGUUUAACGUGAAUAUAUAUUUAGCAUGAAAUUGUUAUUCGUUCUCUAGUAAUUGUGAAGUUGUAUCCAUCCCAUCAACUGACUUUAAUGGUGUUGGUCUUGUAAGGUUGCCACUUGAGCUGGAAAGUAGCAAUGUUACUUUGGAAACCCAAGUUUUCUCCUUCCUAAAAAACAGCACAACAUAUUUUGUUACUACCAACAGUAUGCACUCUGGCACGGACGAAGUGUUCUGCACUGUGGGGGGGGGGUUGAAUCCAAAUCCAAACUUUUAUGGCUCUCAGGGAGCUUUGGGAAUUAUAGUUCUGUGAGGUGCUGCAAUUUCCCCCUACUUUUCAAAAAUAGAACUAGUUUCCCAGGUUCCUCAAAGAUAGUUAAGCUGGUUUUAACUAUCAUAAUUCUCCCCACCAGUGCCACCACGAUUGGUCAGUGAGAAGUUUAGGACUGACUCUACCUGAUUUUUUUGUUCCCUCCCUCCCCCUCAAUAAAAUUACCAAGCUUCUUUCAGGAAAGCAGAUGCCAGUUACUCCCCUUUUUCAGUUUGUGGGGAUGUGUCCUGAGUGAUGUGAUUACACCUGUGAGCUUUGGAAUUUCAUCAGUGUUUGGUUUUCUGAGGUUAAAGAGAACUUUCCCUGUGCAGAUGUUGCUGUGGGUCUAUAUCUUUGCUAGACAUUUUGGAAACCUCAUGUGUCGUGUACAUUGGUGGCUUCCUCCCUGCAUCCUGGCUUAGUCAAAUUAGCUGGUAAUACAUGCCAGUAGUGUUGGAUUAACUCAGUUUACCCCAUCCACAUCUGUUCUUGCUUACCUCAAUAUGGAUCUGUGGAACUCCUGCUGAGAGAGGGGGAGUGACUGCUGCCAUCUUGAAUUAUGGAGUACUAGCCAACAUGAGUAGGAAAUUGAACCCGCCCUCCCCAAAUCCCAGUUGUUCCCAUUUUGCAUGUGUAACCUGCCUUUACUCUUGAUUGGCAAUACAGCAGUCAAAGGAUUUGGUAUGUACCACCGCUCUGUACGCUCCUGUCACUCCAAGGCUCAGCGAUACCUGGGGAGGACCUUUUCCAAAGCCACAUAAUGGAAGUAAGGCCAAAAUGAUUGAUUCCUACAGAUGUACUCGUGGAGCCUUUCAGACUUUAAAUCUUGUUAUUUUUUGGUACAUGCAAAGUUAAGUGGUUCUUGCAAUGAAGUUGCGGUCUUACACUGUGAUCCUUUGGGUGACAUACAGUACUUGCCUGGCAAAUCCUGAAUUUGAUAUAAAUCUUGUGGGAGAGAGACAGGAGCAGCACGGUGUCUUUAAACCAAUGAAAUUUUACUUUUGCAAUUGCUGGUGUUUUUCUUUCACGAUUGUAUUCUGUAGUGUUGUAAGGCUGUACACUGGUCUGAGAUUGGAUUGGCAAGCUCCUCAUCCUGAAGCAAACUAUGCAUUGCAAGGGAUGUGUAUGAUAACUGUGUGGCUAGCAUUUAUUCUCGCAGGUUCCCAUGUAUAUUAAAAGAGGAGUAAUCUUAUCCCCAUACCUUGAAGGUAAUGCUCUGUUGGCAUUUGGCCUUAUUAACAUUGAAAUGGGCAAGGAGUGCAUUUUCAAACAGUGCUGCAGAAGCAUGCUGAAAAUAUGAAUGACAGUAUUUAUCUUGGUGCUGUCUGCUUUUUAAAAUCCAAUCUUGGUCAGCAAAUGGGUAGCAAGGAAUGGAGUGCGACAUCAGAUUCUGAGCUGCAACUUCCUCCUUUCCCGCAGCACCAGCUUCAUUUCAGAGGCAUUGCCUUUCAGUGCCCAAAUAUUCAGAGCUGCUUUGAGGAGAGCUGCAAGGAAAGGACGUUUCAUUUUCUAAUCUCACCUAAACCAGCUUGAGGUACAUUGGAUUUAUUUUUAUACAGGCUGAAUGGAACUUCAAAAGAUGCCCUUACAGUACUGGAUAGUCCUAAGAAAUCCUUGGAGGACCACAUCAAAAGCAUUAUGUGUGCAAUCACUACGGAAACCCCAUCGGUCAAGAGCUUCCGUGUGAAUGCUGGCAUUUCUUGGUGUGUUAACCGUUAGCUGUCUUCUGUUGAAUGUAGCUUCAUGCUAAGAAUCAAUCCAUGUGCUGGUGGCAAAGGAAAUGCUCUGGACAAACUAAAACUGUAUUGUUUUGUGUUUGAUUAAAUGACCAAAUAAAAUAAUAUCCUCUCUC